AUGUCAAUCGAAGAAAUCCCAGAAGAAAUUCCCCAAGGUGCUGAUGUCACCAUCUUGUCCAAGAACGAGAAGAAGGCCAGAGAAUUGAUCAAGAAAUUGCACUUGAAGCCAGUUCCUGGUAUUACCAGAGUCACCUUCAAGCAAAAGGGAAACCUCAUUUACGCUAUUGAGCAACCAGAUGUGUUCAAAUCUGCUGCUGGUACCUAUGUUGUUUUCGGUGAGGCCAAGGUCGACGACAUGAACAAGAGAAUUGCCGAGGCUCAAGCUCAACAAGAGCAACAAGAGGCUCUUACCAAGGCUGCUGCUGAUGCCGAAACCGCUGACAAGUCUCCAGAGUCCAUCACCAAUGACUUGCAAAACGCUUCUUUGGAAGACAAGACUGUUGAGGAAGAUGAAGGUGAGGUAGACGAAACUGGUUUGGACUCGAAAGAUAUCGAGAUCAUUGUUUGA